CUUGUAGAAGCAUGAUUUUUACAAUUUCGUCACUGAUUACAUGAAGGAACCGUAAGAUAUGAACAAUGGAUUUAAAGGAGUUGAUUUCGAAUGACUAUGAUUGAGGUUUUAGUUAUAUCGAGAAUCUUCACUGUUUAUGUUCAUUUCAAAUGGUAUAUAUAGGAUGCUUUCUUUUAUAAAUCAAUAAAGCUAGAUCACUGCCAAAGAAAAAUCAAAAUCAGAUCUUUCACGAGAAAAAAAAACUAUUUUAUUUCGACCAUGGCAAAUUUUCUAAGCAAUUUUCAGAUAGCUAAACUUUAGGGAUAAAUAUAUCAACUUAUGAAGAUAAAUAACCGCAGCUUUGGGGGUUACAUUAUAGAGCACUCAGGAACUCAAUUAAGUUGUGGUGUGACAUGACACAGUACUCCUGCCACGUCCGUGCGCAUGUGGCCUUUUUAUGCUCUCCUACCUCCAACACUCAUCUGCCACUCCCGUUCUUUCUCAAUGUACUCACGAGAAAUGCAUUUCAGUCAGAUCGGCCCUGUAACUGCUUGGCGAUUUGGAAAUAACGACUACUUUCCUUCUGUAUUAUUUUGUAUUUUAUUAAUCUUUCAUGCCUUUUCAGCACAAUAUCUCACUAAGAUCUAGUUUGGCUUGGGUCCCAUCGUUUGGACCUGUCCAUAAACUAACUUUGGCUGGUAUCGAAAUCGGGUACAUGAAUUAAAUCUGAAAUUUCAUUGAAGCACAUCUAUACCCAACCCAAAUUCCUGUCUAGAAAGCAUCAUUUCUCUGGAUUUAUCUCUCAUUCUACAAAUCCAUGUCACAAACUAACAUGAGUUUGAAUACAGAAUUCAAAUUCAAACCAAAUGAAAUCCUAUAAAAAAAUUGAUUUGAUUCCAUUUAUAUAUGUUAGCUAUAAAACAAUAGAUUGGACUGAAUUGUGUUGAAUCGUAAAUGAAUUAUAGUGCAUGUAAAAUAACAGAAAUUAGGAAGUAACCAUUCAAUCUCAUAUGUGUGCAAAAGCUGUUCCCGAGGACGUCGGAAUAAUUAACGAUUGACAGAUUUUAAUUCGUCUUGAUAAAUAUGUAUGAUAUUUAUAUAUGGGGUUACUUACAACCAUUAGAUUUUGCACUGACUUGCCACUUUUGUAUGGCAUUAGAUUUCUUUUUAGCCCCGAGUUCAGUUUUUCGCCUCAAAAACUAAGAAAGGACUCAAAUAGACCCAUGCCAGCGGAGAAAAUGUGAUAGUGUCUCGUCAGCACCUUUUGUCACUUGUAUAGGGUUCUGGUCCAACAAGAUAUUCAACCAAACGCCGACAUGGCAUACCCUACGUGUCAAGUCAGGGGGGGAAACCAUGCCACAUCAGCACCGAAACCGCUUCAGACGGAUUGAGGGACCAUUGGUGUCCGAUUUCGACAAUUUGAGGACAAAAAGUAUAUGAAAAAAAGUUGAGGGACCAUUUACGUACUUUUCGACAAGUUGAGGGACCAAAAAUAUACUUUUCUCAUAAAUUAAUAAUUUCAUCUGGUAUGAUCCCUUCUUUAUUAGAAAAAUUGAAGCCAUUGAUUGUUAUUUUCUUAACUUGGUUAAUAAUGAAUGGGUGGCUUAUCAAAAUCUGGAUAUGUUUGACCAAUCAUCUAACUUUGGAUCAGAUUUAAUGCAAAAUUAAUUUGAAAUAUAUGUCUCUAAACAAAAAAUCUUCAUAAUUAAUACGGUGGCUUAUCACAAGCUGGAUGUGGUUAAACAAUCAUCUAACUUUGGAUCAGAUUUAAUACAAAAUUAAUUUGGAAAUAUGUCUCUAAGCAAAAAAAGUCCUCAUAAUUAAUACCGUGGCUGAACUUGCAAAUCUCUUGGAUAUCUUUAGCACUUACCAAUCACCUCAUAAUUUCGAAAUUAUACGCCUCUAAAAAAAUAUCCUCAAAAUUAAUUUGUAUCUCCUCAUCCAUCGAGGUCCUUCACUAUAAAUCUACCCCAUCCUCCUUUGCUUUCUCCUCACCAAACUAACCAUUUGCCUUGGCUGGCUGAUUCGUAGCUAGCUGGCUAGCCUCUCUUGCCUGCUAGCUUGCUAGCUACCGACCCAUCCAUCCGAGGCAAUGGCACGCAAGAAGGUGAGCCUCCGCCGGAUCCCUGACGCCGGAGCUCGCCGCACCACCUUCCGGAAGCGCCGCGACGGUCUGAUGAAGAAGGCGAGCGAGCUGGCGACGCUCUGUAACUUGAAGGCAUGCGUGAUUGUGUAUGGCGAGGGCGAGGCGCAGCCGCAUGUGUGGCCGUGCGUCGCCGAGGCGGUGCCAAUCCUGCACCGCUUCAAGGUCAUGCCGGACGUGGAGCAGUACAAGAAGACAGUGAACCAGGAGGGAUUCCUCCGCCAGCGCGUGGACAAGCUCCGAGAGCAGAACCAGAAGAUGCAGCGCGAGAACCACGAGCGCCACACCAUGUGCCUUUUGCACAAGGCCAUGCUCGGUCAGCUCCCGGGCUUAAUGGGCCUCACCAUCGAGGAGGUCACCAGUGUCGGCUGGAUGGCAAAGAAUUAUCGCAAGAGCAUUGGCGACCGUAUUGCGGAACUCAGCAGGCAGGCUGGUCUGCAGGCUCCUCCAGCUACCUACAUCCCCAGCAACUACAUGAUGACCAUGGGGGAUCCCUCUCGGGAGGAGUAUCUGCAAAUGCCGCAGCAGGAGAUGUGGAUUGACAAUAUGAGGAUCGAAGGGGAAGACCUCAACGUCCUUCCAUACAGUGACAAUGGUGCUGGUCCUAGCACCACCGAUCUGGGCGGAGAUCUGAUCUCAUGGGCAGAGGGCUUUGAUCUUGAUGCUUCCAGUUCGUCCUUCACUCCCAUGUGAGGAGGUGAUCUUCUCACUGCGUGCAGCAUGCAUGCAUGGCCAGCUACCUGCGUCUCGUCUCUCAGAUCGCUUAUCGAUCAAUUUAUUAUAUGUUUUUAUUUACUUCAUCGUCGCAACAGUAUCACUGCUAUCAUGUCGUGUCAUGUUUUGUAUCAGUUGCUCUCCAAGGGCAAGAUAGUUCUAAUAAAGUUUUAUCUUUCAUCGUCCCA